AUGACACAUAAAGCUGGAAUUGAGGAAGUUGAUAAAUUAUUCAGGGAUCUAAUGGACAGCUCCGAGAUAUUUGGAUCAAAGGUCAUUGUUUUUGGAGGAGAUUUCAGACAACGCGAACUCCAAAAGAUACAACUGAAAGAAAAUAUGAGAGCAAAAUCGGACCCCAAUUUUACAGAAUAUCUUCUUCGUAUCGGCAAUGGAACUGAACCAGUUAUAUAUGAUGAAAAUGUUGAGAUACCUGCAAAAAUGCUCAUCAGAUAUACCAUUGAAGAAGAAUCUUUAACUGCUCUAAUCAACACAGUGUAUCCAGAUUUUUCAAUUUUUGUUGGCAGAGAUUCUUUUGAUUAUAUCAGCCGUGACACAUGCUUAGAUCCUUCUCAACAAGCCAUUCUGGAAGAUUUCAUAAACAACCUCAUGCCUAAUGGUUUACCUCCACAUCGAUUAAUUCUAAAGCAAAAUACACCAAUUAUGCUGCUUCGGAACAUUGAUCCACCUGAGGGACUAUGUAAUGGCACUAGACUUUUAUGUAGAUCAUUAAAAUCUAAUGUAAUAGAUGCUAUUAUAAGCUCAGGUGAAUUCAGUGGAAAACAAGUCUUUCUCCAUAGGAUUUGCUUUAGAGUUGAAGAUGAUCCAAAUUAUCCAAUCUCUUUUGAAAGGAUACAAUUUCCUGUAAGGCUUUGUUUUGCAAUGACUAUCAACAAAGCUCAGGGACAAACUUUAGACUUUGUUGGUAUUUAUCUUCAUGAGCCUGUAUUUUCACAUGGCCAGCUUUAUGUUGCCAUUUCAAGAGCUAAAAAUAACAAUUCUAGCAAGAUCCUUAUACGACCUCCUAUACACGAUAUUACCUUGGACAAUUUGACUGCAAAUAUAGUUUACCAAGAAGUUUUGCACUUAGCUAAUGCAUAG